UUCUGAAUAUAUUUUCUUUCUGAAACACGUCAAAAUGUCUUCGAAGACUUUCCUUCUUCUUGCACUUGCUCUGGCCAUUCUUUUCAUUAGCUCCGAAAUGGCUGCAGCUAAAGACCUGGAGUCCAACAAUGACAGUCAGGUAGAAGAUGCAAAAUAUGGUGAUGAUGACCGUGGAUACAACGGUGGUGGAGGAUACAACAAUGGUGGUGGAGGUUACAACAAUGGUGGUGGAAGAUACAACAAUGGUGGUGGAAGUUACAACAAUGGUGGUGGAAGAUGUUAUUAUAAUUCUGAGUUUAGUAAGCUUUAUUAA